AUGUCUGAGAGCCCAGUAUUUGUCUUUGUGCCAGGCGCAUGGCAUGCAGCAGACACAUUCGACGUUGUGCGGGAUCUAAUGCACAAGCGUGGACUUGCAACCGAAGCUAUCUCCACUCCGUCCGUGGGUGCAUUCUGUCCAGAUAAGGGGCUACAUGCCGAUAUUGAACAUACCCAUGCCGUCCUCAAAGAGAUGGUAGAAGCUGGUCGCCAGAUUGUAGUCGUGAACCAUUCAUAUGGCGGGAUGGUCGGGGCCGGGGCUGUUGAGGGCUUAGGGUACUCGCAGCGGUGCAAAGUCGGUCUUCCAGGCGGUGUAAUCAUGGUAGUGUGGAUUGCUGCAUUUGUGACACCCAAGGGUAAAUCGUUAAAGGACAUGCUGGGCGGAAACUUUCUUCCCUGGAUGGUCAUCAAGGUGAGCAAGUUCAUCUAG